AUGGCCAUCGAUAAAUCCAAAAGAUUCUUAAGAAAGACCGGUAGAAAGACUUUAGUCUCUCAAAAUCCAUACCAUGCACUCUUAGUCAAAUUAUACCGUUUCUUAGCCCGUAGAACCAACUCCAAGUUCAACAAGGUUGUCUUAAAGAGAUUAUUACAAACUAAAACCAAUAGACCACCAGUUUCAAUCUCAAGAAUUGCCAAUUUAAUGAAGGACAGAAAGAGCGGUAAGAUUGCUGUUUGUGUUGGUACCGUUGUUGAUGAUGAAAGAUUAUUAGACUGCCCAAAACUCACUGUUUGUGCAUUAAGAUUCACUGAAACUGCUCGUUCAAGAAUCGUCAAAGCUGGUGGUAAAGCAUUAUCUUUCGAUCAAUUCGCUUUAGUUAGACCAAGAGGUAACAACACUUUCUUAAUCAAAGGUGUUACCAAAGCUAGAGAAGUCUACAAACAUUUCGGUAGAGCUCCAGGUUUACCAGGUUCCCAUGCUCGUCCUUAUGUCCGUUCAGAAGGUAUUAAAUUCCAAAGAUCAAAGACCAGAAAUCCAUAA